AUGAAGGGCAAAAUCAGCAAGCAUCGCGCCUCACUCGCCUCAAACCGAAAAAGCAGCGCCACUAUGUCGUGUAGCGCCAGCAAAUCCACGUCAACCAAGAGUACUGGAUUUCGUAUAUCAACGCAGGCAAGGGACUCAUCCACCACCACUACUGGCACCUCCGCACCUCAGGAGACGAGUGGAAGCCGCAGGCACCCACACCGGUGCAGUGUGGCCACAAGCGGAGAAAAACUGGCGCCACAGUCGCAGAACGUCCGGGGGGCUCGUGCCGCCUCCGCCACGACAGCCGUCGCUCCUGAGGACGUCCAGGCUGUAAAUGCCACCUUUGCGGCAGGAGGCAGGAGCCCCGACUCUCGUCGCCGUCCGAGUGCGGGCCAGUCCUCCUCGGCCCCGAUGGCGGCUGCAAAAGAAAACAGCAGCGCCAUGUCACCCCCACUGCCCCUUUCUACUGGAAUUUUGGCCAGCAGCAGCUGCCUCGUUACCAGCAGCGAAACGGGGGGCCCCUCGCCAGGCUCUCCUCGCGCCUCCCCUACCUAUGACGCACAUGGCGACAUGGCGCAGCUUUACCUCAGCCCUAUCACCGCCUCGCUCUGCGCCACCUCUCAUCAUGCUGUCUUCACAGGGCCGCACUUUAGCGGGCGCAGCGCGAGCUGGCGCAGCGGAACCGCCGUGGAUGCGGCGGUCUCCUCUGCACACAGGCACGCACGCGACUCUAGCGGCGCAGACAGUGGCACCGUGGACACGGAUGGCUCCUCCUCCUACUGUGCUAGCCAAAACCAAGCGAAUGCACUGGUGGAUACGUGGGUGCACUCCCCGCUACGGGUGGCUCAGCAGCGCGGCGCCGAGACGCGGCCGCGGCCGUCAUUUGCGUCAGAACCAACAGUUGGUGCCACAAAGGGCUUCGGCGCGCCUGGUGGCGUCAACUACGCAGGACUCGCACGGCGAUCACCGGCCUCGAGUGGGUCGUCCGCGCACUUCCCGCCGGUCAGCACACAGCAUAUGCCAGUACUCGUUGUGCCGUCGGUGAAGUCGGUGUCUGCCGCACGCGAGCUGCUGACGCCAUUGCCACUGGUACAUCCGCAACGGCGCUCUCUGCUGGCAGUCAAAGACGGCCAGCGUGGGGGCUGGACUCUCAGUAGUAGCUGGGCGCCUGCGGGCUCCCCGGUCUCCUUCAGUGCGAGGAGCCCGUCCGUCACCAGCACCUCGCGGCCGUCGAGCAGGAGCGACUGCAACAGCUCCACAGCACGCAGCGACGGCAGCCGCCGCGCGGUAGCCUUUCAGCUUUCCGAAACAAUACAAGAGAAGGGCACGAUAACGACGACUCCGAGGCAGCAGCCGGAGAAGAGCGGAGAGGACAAUGCCUCACCCCAAAAUAGGCAGCGGUUCGGGCUGCGCCACUGCUCGCCCAGCUUGUCGAUAUGCUCUCUUUCCAUGGGCUCGGCAGCGGCGUCGAUGAUGGACGAAGUCCCCCCUCCACCGCCACCGCCGCCGACGCAGCUGUCACUUGGAAGAGGAACCAAAACCAGGGGAGGAGGGUCGUUGCUGCUGCCUCCUCGCGAGAGUGUUCCACUGAGUCGAAUUCCCCAUCAUCUCGACAGCCUUGGCAGCAGCAUCCUCAACGCGAGCACCGCCAGCGGUUGCCAGAGCAGCUUCGCCUCUUCGACAUUGUGGGAGAGCACUGGUCGCAUGAAGUCCUUCAUGUUGUCGCCCGUGAAGAGUCCACUCAGAUCGCCAAGCAGCAACCUUUCCAUUCCCUCUGAGACCAUAGCAGGCACCAGCAGGAAUGGGAUCAUUUCCUCCGAGGCAAAUGAGCUGCCGUCUUACUCAGACGCUCGCCAGAGCGGGGCGGCGUCGCAAGCACAGUUGUUCCACUACCCCUCAAGCGUCAUCUCCCUCCAGACCUCACUCGUGAGCGUGCCCAGCACGGUCAACCCCGACGACGUGGAGGAAGACAUGGUUGGACUCCGUCAAGUAGUGGUGCCGCUGCCCUUGUUAACCAAUCAUCCCCCCGCGACUGCAUUGGUGGUCGCCAGUGUAGCAUCGUCGAGCGUUGAGAACGACAAGCACGAGGCUGGCGUCGAUGAGUUGGCAGACGCCAGGCCACUUGCCAUCGCCAUCAUCUCCGAUGCCAUAGGUAAGCCAGCGCAGUCCUCCGAGUUGUCGACACCCCAACCGUCACUGUCCUCUGUGGGCGGAAAGACUACACAAAGCGUAGACAAGCUCAAAUCCAAUGAGGACCUCAACUCCAAGCCCCGUAGCGGCGGCGCCUUUGGCAAUACCAAAGCGCAGCUCAUGACGACAUUCGUACAGGGGCCGUCGCUCGUGAGCACUGAAGUCCCCUCUCAUGGGCGUCCUUCAAAGGCGCAGGCACUCUCGCCCCGUCAGGAGGAACUGGCGCGGUCGUUCCGCGAUCGCAUCCAAGUGGGUGUCCGUGCGCCGCGUCGUCAGCGGACAGCCCAGCGCGUGAGCUCAGCCUCUCGCGACCGGCAUCGCGCCAGCAAUGAUACGAGCCAUGGUUCCAGAGCAGAAGGAAGGGGCAACACCCGACGACGGGAGAGUAGAUUGCGGCGCACGAAAGGACAGUCCGCACAGCAGCCCGCCGCCGCCCUACCCUUCAUCGCAGUUGCCGCAGCUGCCGUUGCAUACGCAAAGCUCCUCAGGCCCGUGCAUGCCCUUCGCCUGCGUCGUCGGUUCGACGAGGUGAUCGCGCCUGUCGCCGCGUAUCGCAUCCAGUGCAAGUGGCGGCGGUACCUGCAGCUGCGCAGGGUGGAGCAGAAGAUGGCUGUGCAGCUGCUUGUGGCGUGGAUGCGGUUCCGGCUGCAGAUCCUGCGCCGCGCCAAGGACGCAAGCGCGAGGCUUCUACAGCGUGUGUUUCGCGGCGAGCUAGUGCGCUCCCUUCACCGAUACCUGUAUGAGCAGAUGAAGCGCAAUCGUGCGCUCGACGUCAUUCGGUACUACGUGCAACGCUGGGAGGCACAGAAGCUCUACCGGGUACUACAGAUGCAACGCGAUGAGCGGGCCUUGGUGGUGAAUCAGUGCGUACAAGGGAACAUGCAGCUGUGCCGGGCAGAACAAGUCGAGUGGAACGCUAUCGUGCAGGAUGGCGCCGAGAUACUGCAAAGCAGGCCGUGCGUGAGUACACAGGACUGGGUGGAAGGCGUUGCGGCGCUGACAGGGGUUGUGCUCGACCCCCGCGCGUCGAAUUUCAUCCGCUCAUCGGUCGCGAAUUCAGCGGCGUCAACAAGAGCAAGGCCGACCACCAUGGCACAGCUACGCGAGUGUCUCGCUGCCUUUGCGCGGCUGGAGCAUCAACUGUUCCGUUCCAGUGACACUAAGGAAGAUAAAACUGCAAGCAGCAGAAAGGGCUCAGCCCCCUCCUCCGCUGCGCCGUCACCGCCGUUGCAGCCCACUCUGGCCCUGGCGAUGCGGGCAACAAAGUCAACUCAAGGUGAACGCAAAGACGGCUUCGCGAAGGCGCACGAUGACGCCCACAAUCCCUCUUACACUGCGAUGUCGAUUGCGAGCGACGGCGCACCUGACUCGCCCACACCAUCAAACCCGACGGCCACAGACGACGACUUUGUUGCCGCCUACGUACAGCUUCUUUGCCGCGUCGAGGCCACGGAGCGAGUGGAACUGGAGCGCCGACUGCUUGGCGAGCACCAUGAGCUCCUGCGCAAGCAGCUGCUGCUGGACAAGGCCAUCCUCUACGCCACUUCAAUGCGGGUGGCACCACUCUUCUCACCCCUGCUGCUGGACAUGCCAUCUGAGGCAGUGUUGAUUCAGGCAGUUCGUCUUUUCAAGGAAGAGCGAGAGGCGCGAUGCGCGAUCAUUCAGCUGUACGAGUCAAUGCCGCUCGCGUGUCUGCGACGGCCGAUGCUGAACCCCGUGGCGAAAGUUCGUUACAGCGACCUCGUGCGGCUCUCGAACGGCGUGGACGACCCAUGGGAAGACGCGGGGCGCAGCGAGCAACGCUUCUACCGCGAGACCGUCGCGUACAAGUGCCUUGCGAGCAGCAUGAGCAAGCCGGAGAGCAGCUGUGCCCUCUCCUACACGCCGCGGCCGUCUUUGGCUCCGCUUGGUGCCGACGAUGCCGACCGUGUUCCUAGCUCCCGCUUGAUGAGCCCGUCGCAUGAAGCGACACACAACGGUGGUGGUGGCCAUCUGUCGAUACCUGUGGUGCCGCCGCUGCUGUCUGUACAGCGGCAAGCCUCCUACGGCACUCCGAGCGGACUUCGAGUUCGCAUGCGCGUCACGGCACCUCUGCCAUUGCACGUGACAUCCCUUUUCCCGUCCCCCAAGUUGGCGGAGUCGGUUGCGCCAGGAGGCGGCGGUGUCACGAGGAUGAACGAGAACGGCCAUCACGCGAACAGCUUUCGGGCCAGUUCGCACCACGGGAGAGGCGACGUGCAAAGCAAGACAGCUAUCCCGUCUCCACACCGCCGCCCACGCGGACCACCGCUGCCGCUGCUGCGCAAACUGCUGCGGCACCCCGGCUGCGCGCGCAGCGGCACCUCGCGUCCCUCAUUCCAGUCACCCCCUGUGAUCACUAACCCCGCUCUAAACAGCAGAGAGGGAGCUAGCGAGUCGCGGCCACCUUGCCUGAACACCUACCCGAACCCCACGCACUUUCAGCUCACCACCAUCCGGAAUCCCUCGACGGAGGAAGAGGGGUGUGGUGCAGAAGUCGGUGUUGAGGGGUCUGCUCAGCGCUCUACCAACGCCUCGUCCACCAAUGCAGCCUGCGGCAGCAACGCGAACCAAGACAAUUGCAGCAGCAAUAUCAUCUCGCGCGAUGCUGAUGCGGGGGUCGUGCUGCAGCUGCCCUCCCCUGCCAGCGCGGCGCGGCAGCGCUUUACCGCCGCGGCACAUGCCACAGCGGCGGCAGCAAGCCACUUCUCCAGCCCAUGUAAAUCCAGCACUCGCGUGUCAGUCACGGUCAGUAGCUACUCCAGGGGGAACGUCACGGAGGGCCUCACCGCUUCGGGCGAGGAGAGCGCGGCACUGCUAGACCGCGCCGACCUGGUGGACCGCAUCCUCACAACCCAGCCUGUCGGGGCGACCUGUUCUGGAUCCAUUUUCUCAGCGGCAAAAGUAGUACCGAGGCUCACGGUGUGGCACGCCACUGCAGCGCCGCUAGAGUCCCUGGCACCGUCCUCGAUGCUACCUGAGAUGCCACUCUGCCUGUGUCAACAGAUCCGUACC